CAUGUGACUUGGCGAACUCUCGUAACGCUAAGUACAAUGCCGCUUUGAUUCAGAGAGAAAUUUGUGUGCGGAAAUUAACACAAUGUGGGCAGUACAAGUUGUUAGACAAAGCCGCAUGCAACCGUUUUGUUGCUUAAUUUGUGGGGUUUGUUCUUUCUUUCUCUCCCUUCCCUUCCCUCCCCCAACCCCCUCUGCCUCAGCUCUUCGUGAAAGAGGAGGGGCCGCCGAGAGCGUGGACGAGAAAGCUAGUGGGUUGGAUUGGUCUGCUGCCUAGCCACCGACACCCCUUUCCAGCUAGGGGUGGGGACUGACGCUGGGCGAAGCACGUGGCGCUAUUAGGCUGUCUGAUGAACCGUCGAAUGAGCGCGCGCGCGUGUGUGCAUGUGGUGAGCGCCUGCAGCCGCGUCUGUCUGGAGGCUUGUUCCGUAUCUCUGAGGCAUGAGACGCGGCGUAGCGUACUUAUAGUUUGAUAACUUUUUUUUCCCCAUGUGCCCUUGAUGCUCCUGUUUCCGGGGCGCUCGCUCGCACUCGCGCAGCCGCAGUCGCGCUGUAUGCGUUCCUGAAUCGUCAUCGAAGUUUUCUCCUAAUGGCGCCCGUCCGUAGUUGGCUUGUUUUGAGGUGAGCCCGCGUGCGUGCGUGUGCCAUAGGCGAAGUGUUUCCAGCUCGUUGGAGCUGCAUUGGGGAUGGGGGGGCACAGUGUCGUGUGGCAAUGGCAGGGUAAGCAGGUCGACUAAAACAGCCAGGCGAGCAAAGAAUCCCAGGCCAGCGGCAGAGAGGUUUGUCGAUAACAGUUUUUCAUCCAUUCCGUGAGAGCGAAGAUAAGCGCCCCCUUUUUUCAUCUCUGGCGCUUUUUCGGGUGUUAGGGUUUUAAAAAUAUCUGUCCGUAUCUUAUCUGUCGCUCCAGAGACAUCGAAUGACUACAAGAUCUCGUAAGAGUUAUGGUCGCUUCACUGACGACUAUUUUAAAAAUCUGCAUUUGUGAUUGGAAUCUUUGAAGCACGACUGUGUUAAGACACUGCUCCGUGCUUACCUGGUGCACACUUUUUUUUUUUUUGUAUUGUACAUUUCAAACGCUGAAAAUUUUUCGAACAUCUGAGAGGAGGAGAAGUUGAAUGGCGAAGAGAGGCAUUCUUGGAGACUCAACGACAGUCCUGAAUUCUUCUCUGCGGAAAGUCGGUGAAAAGGAGCGAGAUGGUGGUUGAAGCCCAACCUUGCGUGAGUGGUGCCGCACUGGAGUCGAAAGGGUCCCAUCGCGACAAACCAAUGGAGAGCGGUCCUCCUCCGCUUCUUCACGUCCCAAGUCAGCAACUGUACGAGUCGCCACUACUUUACCACCACCAGCAGCACCAGAACCAACAGCGACAGCACGGUGACAGACGCCCUUUAUCAGCCUCCUGUGCGGCCGGCGUGAGCUUGGGUGGCUUCGCUCCUUCCCUGGGCGUUGUCGGGAACUGUUACGGUGGUAGUCUGCAGGGCAACCCCGUCAGCGACGUUCAUGACAGACGGGACAGCGUGGUGCCUGGCCCCUACGCCGCUGGUGGUCGCAGCCGUGUGCAGGGUGCCCGUGGGGACACGGCCUUCGCUCGAGCUCGCCACCCGUCGGAUGCUGCUUGCCGUGGCUGCGACGCUCACUGCCAGACCAGCAGGACGCUGGUGAUGCCCUCCAGCUCCUCCCCUCCUUAUCUCUCGGCACCCGGGCACCACCUGGCGCUGCCCGCUAAAGAGCGCGUGCCGCCUCACUUUCAUCGGGUGGAUUUGAACCCCUCGCGCCGGUUUUCCGAGGAUUCACUGGGAUCGUCGCUUCCGCCUCAGGAGGGUCAUGGCUACUUUCAGCAACACGACCGACGUGGAAGUGUGGGGCAUUCGCCCACUUGGACCUCUAAGGUUCCGUUCCAGAAAAAUGGCAUGAUGGAAGGAGGAGGACACCAAGAGGGCGCCAUCAACCUGUCCACGGUGCGGGACCCAAGCAAGGACGUAGAAGAGCAGAUGAAUGGAGAGGUCACUCGCAACGGCGAAAACGGUCACGACACCGUGCCACAGAGGAUACCUGGCAAAGGAACACCUGUGCCUGUGUUAUCAGGUGCUGCUAAACGCAAGAACAAACCACAAGCAGAUCCUGCAGCAGCUGUUGCAGCAGCCAUACAACAAACACAGCAGCAGCAACAGAGCCUUCUAAUGCUUGCUGCACAGCAAGGUCUGACCCCGCAGCAGAUGCAGAACCUUCAGCAGCAACUGAUCGGUGGCUCGCAGCAGAGCUUGCUGCAACAACAACAGCAAACUCUUAUGCUACAACACCAACAACAGAAGCUGCAAGAGCAAGCCUUGCAACAACUGCAUGAACAGCUACAGAUGAACACAAUCCAGCAGACGCAACUGCUACAACAGGCAACAGCGCCUAGUAUAGUGGGCAGUGGGGACAAAGGCAAAGGCAGCAGCAAAGCAGUGCAGCAGCAGCUUCAGACUCUAGCCGUUCAGCAGCAGCAGCUGGUGCAGCAGAUACAGCACUUGCAGUUGCAGCAGCGUCACUACCUGUUGGCUUGCCUGGUGCAGCCCUUCGGCAUGCCUCAAGGCAUGAUGUCACCUGCAGAGAUCCAACAGCUGUGGAAGGAAGUGGCUGCUCAGUCGGGCCUGGAGGACAAUGCCCUCAAGAACAUGAACGGCCUGGCCUUGCCCGCACCCCCCACUUCCACCGCCAACGGACAAGCAGCCCAUCUUCAUGUGCCCAACUUCCUACCUAAUGGCGUCUUUCCUUUAGAUGGGUUCAGUUUACCUGGCAGCCAAGCUGUGCUCAGCCUGGACCAGGCAGUAGAGAGUGGCAGCAACAGUAACAAUAGCAACACCACCACCACAACUAGUAACACCAAGACUGUAUCAGUGAGUGGAGACUGCACCACGCCUCUUUACCGUCACUGCUUGUGCAAGUGGCCAGGCUGUGACACACCUUGUGAAGACUACACUGCAUUUCUCAAACACCUUAACACUGAACAUCAGCUAGAUGAUCGUAGCACAGCACAGGCGCGUGUGCAACUGCAAGUGGUCAGUCAGCUAGAAAUUCAGCUAACUAGAGAGAAGGAGCUUCUGCAAGCAAUGAUGCAACAUCUUCACAUGAAACCUCCAGGUGUAUCGGGCUCCACAGCGGUUUCUUUGGCUACCUCUUCGGCUGGAUCACUGUCGGUCACAUCGUCAUCAUCUAUUCCUACCUCUGUUCCUCUACCUGUGCCCCCUCCUCUACCUUCACCAAUUAAGGUGCCUGUGGAACCAAAAUCAGACCCGACGACUCCUCUGCUGCCAAAGCACACCUUGAUUCCACCUUUCACAGCAUCUCCUUUUAUUCCUAAUGUUACCAUGGUGACGUCCCCUAUUGUUCCACUUCCCCAGCCUCCCUCCAGCCAGCCUUCUCUUCUACUGGCACAGGCACCACCAAGUGUUGGUCUCUUGCCCCAGCACAGCACCUUGGCUGGUAUCGGCAUUGGCAAUGGCUGCAGUGGUGGCAGUGGUGGCAGCAGUAAUAGCAGCUCUUGUGGGGGUGGUCCAAUCCGACGACGGGUAUCAGACAAGUGCAAUCUACCUAUAUCAACAGAAAUUCAGAGAAACAGGGAAUUCUAUAAGACCACAGACGUUAGACCACCUUUUACCUACGCAUCGUUGAUCCGUCAGGCAAUUGUUGAGUCACCCCACAGGCAGCUGACGCUCAACGAAAUCUACCAGUGGUUUCAGGCAACUUUUGCUUACUUCCGUCGAAAUGAAGCUACAUGGAAGAAUGCAGUUCGCCACAACCUUAGCCUGCACAAAUGUUUUAUGAGGGUUGAGAACGUUAAGGGCGCCGUUUGGACUGUGGACGAGGUAGAAUUCUACAAACGCAGGCCCCAGAAAUUAAGUGGCGGUAUAAAGAGCCCAUCUUUAAGUGACCCAGCUUCCUACAAUGAGACUAUCAACGCCACCAUCAGGGCAGCACUAGGGGAUGCUAGUUUGGCUCUGAUGGCUUCAGGUGGCCAGCUGUUAGAUCAGGACACCGCCCAGGAUCUCUCCAUUAAAUCUGUUACUGCAAGCAGUCAUGAUGGUCUUGUUGCCAUGGCACGCUCCAUAGGGGAUGAAGAGCUCUUAAUGAGCAUCAAGCGUGAAGCAGGCAUAGAUCUAGACACCCAUACAUUCCUUGACGGCCCCCCACCUCAUCAGGGGUCCUCCUUCAAGCAGCGAUUUUCAUGGACGACCUCGCCACUCAUCACUGUCCCCGUCCACACCAGGUACCAACCGUUCCAGGAAUGAGGAUGAGAAUGUCCACACCUAUGAGCAUCAAGCCUCAAAAUCUGCAGGGCAUAUGGGUCUGAUUACCAGCGAGAAUGAGGAGGUAGAUAGGGAUGCAGGUCUUCUGGAAGAUGUGGCAGUAGAGGACGUGAUGCACGAAGAUGGUUCCAAAAGACAUGCUGAGGAGAUGGAUGAAGGCAGCUGCAGUGGCAGGAGCUUGCCGGGCAUGGGUGACCAGGAGAGUUUUCAGGAGGACAUGCAGGGUGGCAUGGGAAGGAGGGAGGAGGAAGGAAGAGGAGUAGAGGAGGAGGGGGUUAUGCACAACAGACAGAUGCCUCUGCACAAUGAAGUGAAGGAUAUGCAAAGCAGGUUCUAUGGGCCAGGCCACUUCAGCCACAUAGGCGCAGACAUUGAGCAGGAGGAAGAGCAGGUGGAGCCUAUUGGCAUGGAAGGUGCACAGCCCAGCUUGGAAGCAGAAGAUGACAUUGUGGACAAUCUACCUGUUUUCCCUGUUUCUCAGCUACAGCCUGUAUCCACUGCCUAGCAGGCUUUGCUGUUCACCCACUUCCAUGCGCUGCUAGUGUCCUGCAGACCCAGAUGGCUUCAGCCAUCAGUUUCUGAUGCAUUGGCAGGCCCCUGUCCUAGCAUAGGUGCAGUGUGUUUAUUUCAUACACUUAGAAGAAGGGAGGGCUGUAUCUUCCCUUACCCCAACACAUGCCAAUAACAGCAGCAUACAAUCAAAACGUGUCUGUGAAGGGCCUGGCACCUCAAUCCUGGAGCUAGAAUACGAUGUGCAUAAAUGUCAAGAUGUACACUUGAACAGUUUGUCAGGGGUCCCACUAUAGGACACCGGAAGAUGUUAAUUUAUGAGAGAAAAUGAUCUCAAUAGGAAUUGUAUUAAUGUGUAGGGUUUCUGCUAGGCAGGUGUUCCGCAGUUUCCCCUAUUACAGUUGCUGUAACAGUUGACAUAGUUUAGAUGGAAUGAUCCCAGGUUUGUUUUGCUUUUAAAACUUCUAAAGAUGCUGAGCAGUAAUAUUAAUUGUGGACUGUGUACAGAAGAAAUGGUACUUUUUACAACUUUCAUGGAUUCCAAGGAUUUGCAUGUUGUCUUUGAGAACUAGACUUUUGAUUCUAAUAGAUGUGUGGAAUUAUUCAUUGCAGUGUGCUGACACGGUCUUGCAUUCUAGAUGCUGCCUCCUUCACCUACCUCUCAGUCUACUGUGGUUCUUUAUUUCUACCAAGCCAGCAAUAACAGCAGUUUCAUGAACAUGCAAUAGUGUGUGUUUUGUGAACAUAGUUGUUAAAGACAGGACCCAAGAUGGAGAGUUGUAGGGGAGGAGAUAGAGCUGGACACAAGGGCAGGCAUAUUGCAGGGGAGGUAAUGAAGCAAAGUCAGAUAAAAAUGGAGUAAAAAGUAAGCUGUCACCUCCCAAGGGAACUUUAUUUUUAAGUGGCAUUAGAGACUUUUUCCUUUCUCUUUUGUGUGGUGGAAAUAGCAAAGUAUCGAAACCAACCAUUGUGUGAGGAUUAGUCACAAUAGACAUUACAGAAAUAUGGAGGGCCUUGUUUGGGUUUUUUACCCCCAUCUUCCUGCUGCGGUAGAUGUAAGGUAGGGAUUUGCAGCAUCAUUACUAUGGAGAUCCCUGUUAUUAAAGCCUCUGCUGUCAACCUCUUGAAAGAAAAUAAGGUAUUAUUUGGUCAUUUUGCAACUGGCUUGUUGAUGGGGAGAACCCACCUAAAUCUGUGAAGCCUUUUGUCUUUCUCAAGAAUGUGAUGAAAGAUAAGACUGCAGACAAAAGCCAGAAAGAAAAACACAAUUUGAAAGGCAUUAUUAGAUUUUCUGUUUUCUAACUCUGCUGGCUACUGAAAGUAGGAAACUUUUUGUUGGUGGUGGUAGGGGGGGAGAUACCAAUGAGACAGAUGCAAAUGCUUUAUAACAUUUUUUUAAAUAAGGAAUCAAAUGCUUAGAAACACUGUGUCUUCCAGUUGUAACACAGCCCUUAUUAACAAGAAUGAACAACUUAGCCGUGGAUGACAGUGAGGGACUAAUAGUGAUUUUGAGGAUGACGUCAGUGAUACUAAAUGCAGUGCUGGUCAGACUGCAUCUCACCACAAAGGCAUCUCCAUAUAUGGUGAAGCAUAUUUAUUGUGUGUUCAGAUUAGAAGGAGUAAAAUGAUGGAUCACUUUGAUGAGAAGUAGCAGGUAUUAUGUUGAAAAUCUUGCAAAUCAACUUGUGUGACACCUGUGUUGUUUCAGCUGUUGAACAAGAAUUAGAACAUGCUGUUUUGUUCGUUAUUGUCAAAUCCUCACCUUAAAACUAUUGAGGUGUUCUAUGGCUUAAAAGGUCAAUGAAAGGGGUAGAGGUCAGGCAUUUAUCACAUAUUCAGCUCUGGAUAUAGACCCCUUUCUUUUACCCUGCCAUGGAUUUGAUGGUUUAUUUGUCCAAUCACAGUUCAUUCAUUCAUUAUGUUGCCAGAGAAUUUUUUUCUCAUUAAUAUACAUCCAGUGUCAAAAUGGCAGUUAUGCAAAUAUCUUGGUCAUAUAUGCCCACAGCAAUCAGUGUAUUUUGGAUUGUGUUGAUCCCAUGUAAUGAACCAUUUGAAUUGUUCAAAUAUGCUAUGUGUGUUAGAUUUACUGGGUAGGGAUUUCUCUAUCCUGUCCAGUUUUGUCUCACAGCUGUAUUAUGCUAUAACCUGUGUGGAUAAUGGACUGAAAAAAGAGACAUUUCCAGGUUUUAUUUUUUUUUUUAAAUUUUAUAUUGAUGUGCAGUUUUAUUCUAAUGUAGUUUUAUUUUCACUGAAUUUUAAUUUAAUAAGAGAACCAGUGCAUUAACACAAAAAGAGUGAUUUUGAAAGAGUUGAGCAAGAUGUAUAAUUUUAUUAUUUAAAAGAUAUAUAUAUAUUUAAAACUACACUUACUGGAUAAAUUUGCUGGACUUUUCACCAUCACAGAUACAUGCAUCUGCAAGUCUUAAAUCGGACAUACCUCUGAUGAAUAUUCCAUUGUCUUGAGUGUUUUUAAUGAAAGGUAAGUGGCAUGUUGCCACUGCUAGUGUGAUGACAUUUUUUUUAAUAGUUUCCAUUUGUGAAUUUAAGAAGCAUAAGUUAAGUGACGUGAUUUGUAAUGUUUGAUUUGUUUCAAUAAGCAGCCUAAUGGAAUAUUUUUUCAGUUCUUGCACAUAGCAAGCUGCAGUGUGUGAGUCCUAUUUGAAGCUAAAUGGUUUUCUGCAUUGAAAGAUUACCGAUAAAUUUGAACAGGUGGACAGCACAUUUUGAUGAUCUCAUUUUCACACAUCUGAUUUGUCCUAUUUGUGGGUGCAUUUGUGCGGUUACAAGUGGAUGUAUGUGUAGGUGCAUGCAGGUGGAUGUGCAUUUCGUGUGUAUAUGUGCUUAUGUGUUUUGCAAUAGUCAAACAGUAAGUCUCAAGGAAUUUUGCAAUUAUACAUGGAAAAGCACAGACUAUUUUAUGACAUAUUUUUGUGUGACUUUGCCUGUUCAUCUGUUUAGACACCUUUGCUUAUUGUGGACAGAUAGAAUUUAUCUGUGGGCAUUACUGUACUCUCAAAGUUGUGGGUACAAGAGCAGUAUAAAAAAUGUUGCCUGUUUAAGCCAUGCAGUAAUUUUUUUGUUUGUGAUUUGAUUCUGCAAUUGAUUAUAAUUGAUUAUGAUUAUAUUUGGGAGAGGCUAAACAUUGGAGAGUAGAAUGAGAGUCUUGCUUUCAUCUUUCACUGUUAAUUAUAUUGCUUUAGAAAGAGAUGAUUCUUAAAAUGUUAUAAUUUGUCAGGCAGUGUAGCCCAUGGGAAACAAUGGUUAUUUGACCUUACUUUGUUAUGAAGCUGUCAUUUUCCAUGCAGCACCAGAUCUCAUGGUACUUUAAAUGCUAGCCUUUUCUAUUAGUCUAUCCAAAAUAAUUGAUGAUCUAGCUGUUUUCUCUAGUAGCUAACAAACUUAAAUCCCUUCAUAUUCUGCCUGUAGUUCUUUAGCAAAAUGCUUUUUCCUCUAAAGCUAGUUAUCACUGAACUUGCUGUAACACUUGCUGGGCAAAUUUAUUGAGUAGCUUUUGAUUCUAAUCAUUAUCUGGUUGUUUAGAUAUCAUUUAGAGGUCCAAUGAACAUCCCUAGCAGCAUGCAUAGAUUCAUCUUGUUUAACCAGCUAUACAUCUGCUAUACAUUUUUUUAUAUGCCUGCAGAAUUUUGUUUUCCAUCUGAUCUAUUAGUGAAUAAUUAUAUCUGCCUCUAAAAAUAAAACUUCUAAUAAAACAUAUAUGGAUGAGGGAAGGACAAACCCUGCCAUCCUUUAGUUUAUCUUCUCUUUGCCUUAUAUUUUCUCAGGAAUGUAUAUCACUAGACAAAAUGCCAGCAAUAAGCAACAAAAAUUGUACUAAAUUUUGUCUACUUUUGACCUCCUUUCUUAUGUACAGAAUUACGGUUACUCCCUACCUAAGUGGGUAGGGGGGGGGGGUCUUUUUUUUUUUUUUUAAUAGCUAGGUGGGUCCUGAACGUUAAAUGGUGUCAGAAACGUCCAGAACUACUUACCAUGAUUAAACUCCACUAAACUAGAUGUGGUCAGGAGAAGAUUACUCAAAGGAAAUGCAAAUAAUCAGAAAAUUUCAUAAAUGAUCCCUAACCAACCUCACUAUUUUUGCAGUAUGAGGUGAUCGAGAAAGAAAUUGUUUAAAGGAAAAUUGUAAACAUUCAUCGGUAAAUCCCUUCUAAGUGUAAGAAUCUGUGAAAACAUGAUGUGCCUGAAGUCAUAAGCUAAAAAAAAGUGUGGAAAGAGUUUAAAGUAGCUUUGUUUCUGAAAAAAUCUUGCUGAAAGGUAGACAUAAAAGGUAGAAUCAACAGUUCUUACCACCCCUUAAGAGAACUCUCUCCGUUGAACAGUUUAAGGGCAUCAAGGGAAGCUGGGUCACAUGAAGACGACUUUUUUAAAACAAAACCACAAAAAAACUCAAAAUGUUCAUGAUGAUGCAAAAGUGUAGGUAAAUAUAGAUCUCAUUGGACAUUUUUGAAUUUAACUCUUGUUCAAAAAGAAACCCUUAGAAGGGAUAUCGAAAAUGCCAAACAACAUGUCUGGCCCAUCUUACUGCUGUUCAUUUAAAAUUUGUCUCCACCCCUCAUUUGAGGUAGUAACUUGUGAAAGUAUGACAGGCAGUUUGCUGUCCAAACCUCCAAAUUUCUGUACAUAUUAUAUCUGUUAGGUUAGCAAUUGUUGGUCUUGUCAAUUGUCUUCUGUGGUGUUCUGUGCCCCAACACGUCUUACUGCAGACUAUUAUGUGGGUUAUAUGAUCCUGUGAAAAAAAUCCUUUAUCUUUAUUUUUUGCCAUUACCUGCACUUUUAAAUAAUGUACACAUUACUAUACCUGUGCACAGGCACGGCCAAUGCACUGUGCUGAGUGGCUGACAUAGGCCUCCUUUUUCACAGGAUGCUGAUAACAGAGGAAUAGCUUCAAAAGAGAAGUGAAUUAUCUCUCUCUUUUUAAAAAAAAUUACAAAUUUUACUUCCAACACCAAGAAUUGUUGAUCAGAGUUGCUUCCGCUUUGUUACACUUUUGUCUUGAACAGGCUGCAGUUUUAGGUGGAUGACUGCUAGGUAUGUUAAUUGUGGACAAGAGGGAGAGGGAGGGGGUAUAGAAGGGGAGAGCAAACCCACACGCUUUUUUUUCGAGAACAUGCUGUUGUUGUUUGAUUUGAAAUGCUUGAUCGUUUGGUGUCACACCGGCCUAGCUGUUACAUGGGUUGACUGAUUCACCUUGUACAUAUCUGAUGCAGCAUGGUGUUGUGUGUGCCACAGCACACCAGUAGAGCCUUGCCUGUCUACCUCAACACAGAACCUCUUUUUAUCUAGCCUCGUAGUGCCUCGACUCUUAGAACUCUUGCACUUGUCAGCAGACUCUUUUUUCAAAUGUUAUGAUGUCUCCCCCAGCUGUCCAGUCAGACUGAGGGGAAAGUUUCAAAUCGUGUUGUUGUCAUUCCAGGAUAAUACAACACUGGGACUAACGCCGUUUGUGCUAGAUGCAGUCUGGAAACAUUUUUGUGUAAUUUGCAACAAAAAGAGUGUCAUGCAUAGUUGUGUAAAGAUGCCAAUUUUGUUUGCUUUUUAGACAAGUCUUUUACAGUGAAAUCUAUGCUUCACCGUUAUGAAUAAUAAUAAAAAUAAUAAGAAAAAUAAUGAUGAUAAUACCAAACGAGGUGUUUGUCAAGGUCACAGUCAGGACUGAUUGCUGCCCUUGUCACAGUUUGUUGAACACAUUACUGUCACUCGUGAUGGAGAGCUCUUUGUAGUUGAAUGCAGCUGCAUGUGUUUUAUCAGUUGAGAUAUUUCAUGUACAAGUGUCCAACAAUCACUUGAUGAAUGUUUAGAUUUUGUCUCGGAAAGGAGGAGUGAAACUUUCCAGGAAAUGCUUUUCUUGCACUUUUUUUGUGAGUGUAUGCCGACAAGCUUCAUUUGUGGCUUGCAGUGACUUUGGUGAACUCAGGUACUUUGCGAUGCACAAGUCACCAGACCGAAAAGAAGGAGCUUUACAUUUUUAGGUCUGGUACUCUUGAUGCCAGGUGUUUGAGUUUUUUUUUUCAGUGGAGAGUUCACUUAAGGUCAAGAGAAUUCAGGUUGUGUUAUUUCAUGCAUCAGUCUCUCUUCGGACAAGUUUAAUUGUACAGGCCUGUUUCACGCCUCAGGUGCAAGUGGUGUGAAGUGCAGUUUGUCAGCUACAUGUGUUCCGUCUUGCAUACAUCUUUCGACGUCUGUACGAGAGACCUUUUUUUUUUUUAUCUCUCUCCCCCUAUAUGAACUGUUGGUUUUUGCUCUGUUAUUAGUGACAUAUUUAAUCAUGCCUUGUUCACGAAAAGGAGGGUGGUGGAUGGUGUCGAGUGUUUUAUGCACGUGGAAAGUGUCCUACAGUUUUGUCGUCCUAGUAGUUAAGGUUUUUAUCAUUCUAUGAAAGAAACAUACAUCGUUGUCCAGCCAUACUGCUAUGCAUGCAGAAACAGAUGCGUGUUUUUAUUUUUAUUUAAUUUUUUUUUUUUUUUGGUGGAGGGAGGGAGACUGCGCCAAAAUGUGAGAACAGACUGUGUGCGCAGAUAUGUGUCUUUAUUUUUCUUCGUAUAACACACAUGCCCCCAAUUGGCCUGUUUCAUUCCGUUACCCCUUGCCCCCACAUUGAUUAUGGAACAAAAUGCUGGCACAGGCCACCUUUGCUGUUUUCAAGGCUUCCGCCACAUCGUGGCAGAUCACAGGCUGAGGUUUUAAGUGGAAGGUUUUUUAUGCUAAGUUUGUGUUUGCAUAAUAGUACAGUGAUAGAGCACACCCCACUAAGCAUAGCUGCACCCUGAAGGUGUGCUAUCAGAUUUUAUGUGAGAGAAUGUGUGUUGUGUGCUCGCGCGCGCGUACUCGCGUGAGAGAGAUUUCUCAUAUAUUGUACAUAGUGAAUGGGUAUUGAAGAGGAAAAAAACAACUAUUUUUUGCAGAGAGGAUGCAUAAAGAUCUGAUGUCUAUUUUAGUCAUGCACUGUCUGUGUUCAGUGUUGUACCAUGUACCUAUAUACAUAAAUAUAUAUGUAUAAAACAUUUUAAAGGUUUGACAAGAAAAUCAAAACAAUGUCUUCCUAACUGAUUUUUUCUUGCAUUUUUUUUUUCAUUUUUACAUGUAUGUUUUUCUCCCACCCUACACUCGGAAAAUUGCAUUACAUUACAUGUUUGAUGACAUUCGACGCGUUGUGGUUCAUCUCACCUCUUUUUAUCUGCGUGUCAUUGUUCUUGCAUAAUCCUUGCAGUCACCGUGCACGUGCACAGCAGGGGUCCAUCACUAGUUUUUGCUAAAGCACGCCUCUUUCCCUCGCCUUCGCUCUUCUGUCUCCCUUCUUCUCCUCAUCCUCUCUCUCUCUGACUCACGCACGAGUCGAGCGGUCAUCAGUCGCUGGCCGUUCCUGACAGGAAAGAAUAAACGUUUCUAGUGUUGUUUCGUCAACAUACAGAUCAUCGUGGUGUCGAUUCACGUAGGCUAGCUUGUUGCAAAUCAUCCCGGAUAAGUGUUCUUUUUUUUUUUGUUUUUCUUAAGUGGCGCGGAAGGUCACAGUUGGCUAUCUACUUUCGGGUUUUUUGUGAGCUUUGUCGUCUUCAUCUCGAAAAAAGGGUACACAUUUUUAAAGUGCAUAUCACAUGUAUUGUCGUGGUUUUUUUUUAGGUUCGGGUCAGUUUUUUGCGCUUUGCUCACGGACUGUCGUUGAUUUUUUUUUUUUUUUUGUAUAGGGGGGAGCACUAGAGCACAUGAGCUUAAAAAGUAGCUUUAUUUUUCAAGCACUUGGUGUUCCAGAUUUGUUUCUCUGCCCACUUCCUGUCUUUUUCUCUUUGACACAGUUCUCUCAUUCUUUGUCUUUUUGCGGUUACAUAAUCGUGAAUAAAAGGCAUCGCAGGCUGCUUGUGUGUCGCAGCUGAACCGUAAGGCUAAAAUGAUUUGAUUUGUUUCCAUGGAGAUCGCUUCUUCAACAUCGUGAUCGGGCAUUACAGACAGGCGAGAGCCUUUGCUUGCGAUGCCAAGAGAAGAGAAGAAGAGGAGGGUAGGUGGUCGCAUGCAACCGGAAGAGGCAAGAAGACACGAGAAGAAGAGACGCAAACGGGAGAACACUAUUAGCGACGCUUGUGCUAUGACAACUUGAUGACAAGGUCUGUUUUAAUUAUAUAUAUAAGCUGGCAUUGUGCGCGUGCAGGUAAGAAAUGACGGCUGGUCGUUCGUCUGGCAUGGUAAUGGGAAUGUUGUUGCUACAUACUUUUCUUCUCGCGGCUUCAUUUUCUCGGUAAUGUUAGAAGUUUGUUCUGGACUAUUUUUAUUAUUAUCAUUAUUUGCUGGCAAGAUAUCUUCGGUCUGUUCUGACUGCUCCGAUACUUUUUUCUUCCCCCUCUGCUUAUAUACCCACCUACUUCCCCCAACGAAGAACUGCAAGAUAAAAAAAUGCUUCCAUGUUUUUUCCGCUAAAUUGAGCAAUGCAUAAAUGACACCCUACGUCUUUGUUACAGUGCUUCUCAUAUCUGGGGUUUUUUGUUGUUUAUCCUAGACACACAGAUUUGCUGAUCACUUUUAGUGCUGUCACUAACCAGGAUCCCAAAGCAAGAGUACUUCCAAACCAACUUGUCGUUACCGCUGCUGGUGCAAAUUUUGGGUUCCGGGGUGUCAGUAACUUUGUUUGCUGUAGAUUGAAAGUUGUGACUUUGAACAUUAAGAAGGCUCCUAUGAUGUGAUGUGCUGUUUUAACUUGAAGCACUUUUUAGUGCGACUUUUGUGGCUGCAUAGCCAGGACACUGAAAUGUUAGAAUUGUCACUGGAGAUAUUUUUUUGGUCAUUUCUCUUGUAAGGGGUUUUUUGAAAUGUCAUUCUUGAGAGUAAUGAGUCUAGUCGUGUCUUUUUUUUUUUUUUAAUGUCGGGAUCUUAUUGUGUGUGCUUGAUAUAGAUGUAAGUUUUGACAGACAAGUUUAUUUUUGGUAGUGUGUGCACAGUUGUUUCUUUUUUUCCCUUGUAGUAGUGAAGUAUGGUAAAGCAUAAUUUAGAAGUUGAUGGAGAUUUUUAUAUAACUUUAUUAGAACCGGCUAAUUAUAGGUAAGGUACUUUACUGGCAAUUUAUACAGGUAAGGUACUUCACCGAAGCAUGCUGCAGUAAAAAGUAGGCCAUUGAAACAUCCGUGACUAAUUUAUUAAUGACAAACAAAAGAAUGCAGACAAGAGAACGAUAGGAUAAGUAAAAUAAAUUUGUCAUAUUUCACUUUUAUUUAAGGACAGACAUUUUAAAACAAAAACCGAUUAAAUCAGUAAUACUAAAUCGAUUUGAUUUACAUACCAGACGACAUGCAUUGUGACUUUUCUUUAUGAAACUGAAAAGGUGCAUGUAGACAUAUAUAUAUAUAUUUGGCGUACAUGGAAACGAUCACUCGAUUUUAAGAUCUCUUUCAGGAUUAAAGUAAUUUUACCUCUUUUCCCCUCCCCAACAACUACCUAACCCUGUGAUUUUUAGUCUUGAGUAUUGUGCCUCCAUGUUCUGUUCAAAUAACCUAAGAAAGUUUUCAUUCAUGUUCAUUUUGGGUUUGUAUUUGUAUUAGCUCAUUGACAGAGGACCAAGGCAUACGUUGUACCAUAGUGGUGUCAUUGCAUUUGUGCGUGUGUACUUUCACCAGACUGUACCUCAGGUUUGAAACCCAGAAAAUAAAAAGACUUUUUGAAAUAUU